AUGGAAAAUAGUAUUGAUAUUUUUUUACCAAAUUAUUUAAUAAAAUAUUUAUUAAAAUUGAUAUGCUCACAUAUUAAUUUUAAAAAUGAUAAAAGAAAAUUAUACGAAUUUUAUAAAAUGGAACAUGAUGCAAUAGAAAAAGAAAAGGACUUUAAAAUGAAUUUAUCGAUAGUUUGUUGGGAUUGGUUCAAAUGUAUAUCAAAUAAUCUAAAUGUGUCAAUUGAUUUCAAGUAUUUUAAUGGUGUGGAUGAAGUUAGAAACUCGUAUAUCAUUUUAAAGAAUGAAAAUGUUACAGUUUUAAAACUAGUGUUUUAUGACAACUUCGAUACAAAUUAUGAAGAAACAUUCAAGAUGAAACUAUCUCAGUAUAGAAAUUUAAAAAAGAUUGUAAUUUGCAGAAGAUACAUCCUUAAAGAUCUCGUUCACUAUCCACAAACCUUCACUAUUGAUUUCUUAAAUAGAGUUUUGGAGGGUAUCAAUAAAAAUAACCCAGUUAAAGUAAACAUCCAAUUUUCCCUUUUUUGCAACUGUUUUGGUUUUCCAGUAGUGCCAUUUCAAAAGUGUACUUUCAAAGUAAACAAAAUGCAAAUUGAUUCAUGUUUUGAACAUUCAAAUGUUAUCUAUAAUUAUUUAGAAUAUUUUAAUCCUAAAAAAUUUAUAGUUGUGCCAAUUUCGACUCCUUCCCAUUUCGAAAAGUCUCACUUGAAUUUAAAAGAUUUGGAUAAAUGGAUGGAUAUUAAAAAUUCACUAAGCCCUAUAGUCCCAAAUUAUAACAACAACAACAACGAUGAAGAAAAUGAAGCCAUUUUAGAAAAUGUAUCAAUAAUUAGAAGAAACUUUUUAGAGAAUUUAACAAUUGAAACACUCAAUUUAAAUGAUUCAUUUUCAGUAAGAGAAUUAUACUAUUUAUUAUAUUAUAUACCUCAAGUUAAAAGUCUCUCAACAGGUAUCUGUUUAUCAAAACUAAUUAGAAAAUUCAAUAGAGAAACCAGUUUAGUCGUAAAUACAAACCCUUAUAAUAUUGUUGAAAAACCAGGAUUCAAUUAUUAUUGGGACAUGCUAAGAAAAAGAUUAAAGACAAAUCAUAAUUUAAUAAAUUUAACCUUACAUAAUAAAUGCUCAUUUAAGUGUUGUGAUACAAAUAAUAAUAGUAAUACCAUUAAUAAAGAAUUAAAUACCCCAAAAAAACUAAUAGAAGAGAUUUCAGAGGUAUUCAAAAACAAUAAAUACCUAAAAUUAAUUACAUUAAUUGAUUUUAAUCAAGAUAUAAUCAAUAAUUUAAUGAAUUCUCAAAUAAAUAAAAAGUUAGUAGUUUUAAAAUAUUAA